UUGUACUUGUGACGCCAAGAAUUUCGCGCGUGAAACGUUUAUUCCAGGGUUUUGAUUAACAAAGGAGUGUUGCUAGAAAGAAAUUUAGUUACAGAUGGCUGGUGGAAAAGCAGGGAAAGAUUCUGGAAAAGCAAAGGCAAAGGCCGUAUCUCGAUCGGCUAGAGCCGGUUUACAGUUUCCUGUGGGAAGAAUUCAUCGUCACUUGAAAAGUAGAACAACCAGUCAUGGUCGAGUGGGUGCUACAGCAGCUGUUUACAGUGCUGCAAUUUUAGAAUACUUGACUGCUGAGGUACUGGAAUUGGCUGGAAAUGCUAGCAAAGAUCUCAAGGUUAAAAGGAUAACACCCCGUCAUCUUCAGUUAGCCAUCCGUGGAGAUGAAGAGUUGGACUCACUGAUCAAGGCUACUAUUGCUGGUGGAGGUGUUAUUCCUCACAUUCACAAGUCCUUGAUUGGAAAGAAAGGAUCCCAGAAAACAGGAUAAAGAAGAUUUUCUUUUUUUUUUCUUCUUUUUUCAAAGUUUACCAACAAUCGUUUGUCAUUUAAAUAUCAGUGUUAUUCAUCAAUACUCCUCAGUGUGCUCAAUCAUUUUUUUAAAUCUGCACUUUUAUCACAAUGCAAGUCACUGUGUUCAUAUGCAAGUGUAUAAUUUUACAUUUUCUAAGUUCAGGUUAUACUUCUGUGUGUUCAUGUAACAUAACCACAGUACCAGUCACUAUUGUUAAUUAAAAUGAUUUUAUGGAA